UGCCCAAAAUGAAGCAGUCUUGCUGCUCGAAGAUAAGGCCCCUCGCCUCUUCCUCUCUUUCCAGACUCCACACCUCCCUUGCCCUUGCCCUCACAGUCAGCCAAAACCAACACAAGUCUUCAGUUUUCGGGUGGUAUUCAUAUAGAUAUAGAUCUAAGAAAUGGCAGCAGCUACGGCAGUUAGCUUCAGCUUGGCUAAUGCAUUCAAGGGACUAUCUCUAUCUUCAGCGUCAUCAGCAUCUUCGUUCUUUAAUUUCGAUGCGGGGUUAAUAAUGCCCAAAUCAACGGUUUCUAUGCGGCCAAGAUUACCGGUUCCUUUGACGAUCGAGUCUGCGCACAAAAAAGGAGCCGGCAGCACCAAGAAUGGACGAGACUCGCCAGGCCAGCGUCUCGGCGUCAAGAUUUUCGGUAACCAGGUCGCAAAGCCCGGCUCAAUUAUUGUGCGCCAGCGCGGCACCAAGUUUCACCCGGGAAAGAAUGUGGGGAUAGGCAAGGACCACACCAUUUUCUCAUUGAUUGAUGGACUUGUUCAAUUUGAAAAGUUUGGGCCUGACAGGCAGAAGAUCAGUGUUUACGCACGAGAGGUACAGCCUGAGAACCCCAACAGUUAUCGAGCAAGGAAGAGGGAGUACUUCAGGAUGCAGCGUGAACGUAAGAAGGCUAGAAGGGAAGCCUUUUUUCAGCCGCAGCUGGUCCUAGCAUCUGCUGCAGAGAGCAAUCCUAUUUGCUAAUUCCUGAACGUUCCAUUUAGUUUUAAUUUUUUUGGUUUACAACUAUGAUCAAACCAUGCACAUUGGUUUGCUUCAUUGGUUUCUCUUCCUUUUUUUAUGUUUAUUCUGUUGGGUCCUGGAUACUUAGAUCGGAAGUGUCGAUAUCUACUGUUUCAAAUUUGCUAUGUGAAUCCCUUCUUGUUUGCUUUUA